GGACAAUAAUGUGUGUUUAGAGAGAGAAAGAAGAAGAAAAAGCAGUAAAGCAAAACGGCGUCGUCUCUCUCUCCAUGUGACUUUGGACCAGGUCAUCUUAUUCAUAUACUAGGGUUUAUGUUCACAAAUCUGCUAAUUUAUUGUUUCGGAAGUUCAAUUCUCUGUUCGUUAACUAUUUGUGUUGAAUUCAGACCACAGAUCUGUUGAAAUGAGGUGAAUUUGUGGUUAAUUUAGUGUGAAUUUGAGGUAAUUUAGCCGGUUAGGUUAGAUAAAGUGGAAGAGGUUUGGCAAGAGGUGAUGUUUUUGGUGUGAAGUGGAGUAUUAUUUGUGGAACUUUUUGGUGUUGAUAUGGAUUUGAUGCUGAAAUUGUCGGGCGAUUAAUCCGUAAGGAACGAAGGAGUGCACUGUUGUGAGAUUGUUAAGUUAGGGUCCCCUCCAUUAACAAGUAAGUUCAGUAGGACCUUUGUUGGUUAAUGAUUGUUGCUUUUCGGGGCAGAUGAGCUAUCACCUUUUUGUGAUCUUAGUUAAUUGAGAACUGAGCUGGUUGGAUAUACAGAUAUACUUCUGUUUUUUGUUGAGAUAAACUGAUAAAGUGAAGGAUCUGGUUUGUCAAAUAAUGGCGACGGCGACUGAUGCAGCGGCUGCUAGAUUUAAGUCAAUCAAGUCAUUGCCUGUGGAUUAUAGGUUUAUGGGUUCGUCAGGUGAGAAGUCUGCGAACAGUUCGGUUUCGGUUUCGGUUAGUAUACCGGAGAAUGGUAAUAUGGAUCGGGUUGUUGAUGAUGAUUCGCCGUAUGGUCAAGGGUCGAGCUUUUUGUUAAAUGAUAGACCUUCUGUGGAUGAUGUUAAUGAUGAUGAUGAUGCUGAUGUUAAUCCGUCGGUUUCUGCUCAAGGAUCUGUUUUGGGUUCGUGGGGGAAUAAGAAAUGGGGUGAUACGGCUUCUUAUGUUGCUAAAAAGAAGCUUCAAUCAUGGUUCCAAACAUCUGACGGGAACUGGGAACUGGCCAAGAUUCUAUCUAUUACAGGAUCCGAGUCACUGAUAUCAUUUUCCGAAGAAAAAGUAUUAAAGGUGAGCUCCGAUAGCCUAUUACCUGCAAAUCCCGAAAUCCUUGAUGGAGUAGAUGAUCUUAUGCAACUAAGUUAUCUAAACGAACCGUCAGUCUUGUACAAUCUUCAAUACAGAUAUGAUAGAGACAUGAUCUAUUCCAAAGCAGGACCGGUUUUAGUUGCCAUCAAUCCUUUCAAGAAAAUCCCGUUAUAUGGGAGUGAUUAUAUUGAAGCCUAUAAGCGUAAAUCUAUCGACAAUCCUCACGUAUAUGCUAUUGCUGAUACAGCUAUACGGGAAAUGAUUAGAGAUGAGGUAAACCAAUCUAUUGUGAUAAGUGGUGAAAGUGGAGCGGGGAAAACCGAAACCGCAAAGAUAGCAAUGCAAUAUUUGGCUGCUCUUGGAGGAGGUAGCGGAAUAGAAUACGAAAUACUGAAAACGAAUCCGAUUUUAGAGGCCUUCGGUAAUGCAAAAACAUCAAGAAAUAACAAUUCAAGUCGUUUUGGAAAGUUGAUUGAAAUUCACUUCAGUGAAACUGGGAAAAUAUCGGGAGCCAAGAUCCAGACAUUUUUGCUUGAAAAGUCAAGAGUUGUUCAAUGCACAGACGGAGAACGGUCGUAUCAUUCGUUUUAUCAGCUUUGUGCCGGAGCUCCACCAUCUCUUAGGGAGAAAUUAAACUUGAAGAGUGCGCGUGAGUACAAAUAUUUGCAGCAAAGCACUUGCUACUCGAUCAAUGGGGUCGAUGAUGCCGAAGAGUUUCGUGUUGUAGUGGAAGCACUGGAUGCUGUUCAUGUUAGCAAAGAGAAUCAGGAAAAUGCUUUUGCAAUGCUUGCAGCCGUAUUGUGGCUUGGAAAUGUGACGUUUUCUAUUGUCGAUAAUGAAAACCAUGUUGAACCCAUUAUUGAUGACGCCCUGCUGAAUGUCGCUAAAUUAAUUGGUUGUGAGGCUGAUGAUCUAAAGCUUGCUUUAUCUACUCGAAAAAUGAAAGUUGGCAAUGAUAUCAUUGUUCAAAAGCUAACCCUAGCUCAGGCAAUUGACACAAGAGAUGCUUUGGCUAAAUCGAUAUAUUCUUGUUUGUUUGAUUGGUUGGUGGAACAAAUCAACAAAUCACUUGCUGUAGGCAAACGUCGAACAGGAAGAUCUAUUAGCAUUCUUGAUAUAUACGGGUUUGAAUCGUUUGAUGUGAAUAGCUUUGAGCAGUUUUGCAUUAAUUAUGCAAAUGAACGGUUGCAGCAGCAUUUUAAUCGCCAUUUAUUCAAGCUAGAACAAGAGGAAUACAUUCAAGAUGGAAUUGACUGGGCAAAAGUGGAGUUUGAAGACAAUCAAGACUGUCUUAAUCUUUUUGAAAAGAAACCGUUGGGUCUAAUGACUUUAUUAGACGAAGAAUCUACAUUCCCGAAUGGCACAGAUAUGACAUUUGCAACAAAGCUAAAACAACAUUUAAAAACUAAUUCUUGUUUUAGAGGAGAACGAGGAAAAGCAUUUACAGUUCAUCAUUAUGCCGGAGAAGUUACAUAUGAUACAAGUGGAUUUCUGGAGAAAAAUCGCGAUUUAUUACACUUAGAUUCCAUUCAACUUUUAUCUUCUUGCACGUGUGAACUCCCGCAAGCUUUUGCCUCAAAUAUGCUUUCGUUAUCUGAAAAAACGGUUCCUGGACCGUUACAUAAAUCUGGUGGAGCAGAUUCCCAGAAGCUUAGUGUUGUAACAAAGUUUAAGGGCCAACUGUUCCAAUUAAUGCAACGAUUGGAAAGCACGACACCUCAUUUCAUACGUUGCAUUAAACCUAAUAAUUCACAGUCUCCUGGAAUUUACCAUCAAGGACUUGUGUUACAACAGCUGAGAUGCUGUGGUGUUUUGGAAGUUGUUAGAAUAUCGAGAUCUGGAUUUCCAACACGAAUGUCCCAUCAGAAAUUUGCAAGAAGGUAUGGCUUUCUUCUGCUGGAACAUGUUGCAUCACAAGAUCCACUAAGCGUGUCAGUUGCAAUUCUUCACCAGUUCGACAUUCUUCCCGAAAUGUAUCAAAUUGGUUACACAAAAUUGUUCUUCCGUACCGGACAGAUUGGUAAGCUUGAGGAUACACGAAACCGUACACUUAACGGUAUAUUACGUGUUCAAAGCUGCUUUAGAGGUCACAAAGCUCGUCAAUAUAUGAAGGAGCUUAAAAGAGGAAUUUUCAACCUUCAAGCAUUUGCUCGUGGUGAAAAAACUAGAAAGGAGUUUGCAAUAUUGGUACAUAGACACAGGGCGGCUGUGCAUAUACAAAAACAUAUUAAAGCCAAAAUAAGCAAGAAAAGAUUUGAAGAUGUUCAUGGCGCGACAAUUACGUUACAAGCUGUUAUUCGUGGCUGGCUGGUUAGGAGAUGCUCAGGGGACAUUGCUCUACUCCAAUUCGGUUCCGGAAAGGGUAACGGGUCAGAUGAAGUGCUAGUAAAGUCAUCAUACCUUGCUGAACUACAAAGAAGAAUCCUUAAAGCAGAAGCCGGUUUAAGAGAAAAAGAAGAAGAAAAUGAUAUUCUCCACCAACGUCUCCAACAAUACGAAAACCGUUGGUCCGAAUACGAGCUUAAAAUGAAAUCAAUGGAAGAAGUAUGGCAAAAACAAAUGCGAUCGUUACAAUCAAGUCUUUCGAUAGCCAAAAAGAGUCUCUCAUAUGAUGAUUCCGAGAGAAAUUCAGAUGCAUCAAUCAACACAGCAAAUGACGAAACUAACCCUGGCUGGGAUGCCGCAACAAACGGUAGAAGAAACGGUGUUGAGAACGUGAGACCGAUGAGUGCGGGUUUGAGUGUGAUUAGUCGAUUAGCUGAAGAGUUUGAACAAAGAAGUCAAGUGUUUGGAGACGAUGCGAAGUUUUUGGUGGAAGUGAAGUCGGGUCAAGUUGAGGCUAAUUUGAACCCGGAUCAUGAACUUCGGAGGUUGAAACAGAUGUUUGAAGGGUGGAAGAAAGAUUACACCGCGAGGUUGAGGGAGACAAAGGUAAUUUUGAACAAACUUGGACAUGAAGAUGGUGACGGUGAGAAAGGUAAAAAGAAAUGGUGGGGGAGGCUUAAUAGCUCGCGGGUUAACUGAGUUUUAUUAUGUGUUUUUACUUAAUACAUGGUUGUAUAGCAAGUGUUUUAAGUUUUAACUGUCGCAUGUCGAAUGCGGUUCUUGGCUUGUUUAUACUUAUAACUUAUAUUUUGUCGCGGAUUUGGGUGUUUGAUGAUCAUCAACAUGUCGAUGCAUCGCGUCUGGUGAGCGAACGGCAAAAAUUAAUCAUUCUUCAUUUGCAUGGAAGAUGUUUUUUUUUUAAAAUUACUUCAUGAUCUCCUCA